AUCGAGAUGGCUGCUACCUCCCAGUUCGCCAGUCGAUACAAAAGGGAUUUGAGUACAGAAACGCUCAGAACGAAAGUCGCGCGGAGGAAAUCCAUGCUUCAGAAGGAGAACAGACACAAGAUGUUUGAAAAGGGCAGGCAGCUCAGACUGGCAGAUGUCAAUGUGCAGCUCUCAAAAGAGAACAGAACUGCUCAACUAAACGAGGCAAGCGAAGCGUGCUCUAAAGAGAACAGCAGUGUGAAACAGAAACAAUCUACAGACGCAGGCACCAAGAACAUCAAUCAACGCAAGGAAAUGCUCCAGCGCUACAAGGAAGAAAAAGAGCUUCGGAAACAGAGAGAGCAGAGAGAGAAAGCGAAAAAGGGUGUCUUUAAAGUUGGGUUAUACAAGCCGACUGCACCUGCUUUUCUUUCACUUGUACCUGAAGAUCCAGUGAUAGUGAAGCCGAAAGAAAAGGGAUGUUUUCAGGCAGCUCCUGCUUCCUCCGGGAGGAUUACUCGAUCAAAGGCCAAGAACCAAGAAGAAAAAAACGUGAUACCAACUGGAUCUAAGCCCUCUACGGUUGGUGGCAAUGGGCACAGUGCACGCCCUACGCAAGGGGGAUGUAAACCAACGGGUACUGACAAAGUGGCUGAAAAAGGGAAAGUGUUGCAGACUGCAGUCCAACCAACUUCAAAUGUAAGAAUCACCAGAGCAGCCGCCUCUGCGGCGAGGCAGAAGCUGAAAACAACAGCUCCUGCAGCUCCUGCUGGUAACCAGUCCCAGAGAAAGACAGUAGAUGUAGGAAAGCCAAAGAAAGCAGUCAAACCUGGCGUCACAGAGGUAAUUCCUUCUAAAUGUGAAGUGGAUAAAAAUGCUCUACUGGAUCCAGCUAUGAAAGAUUCUGCAUCUGUUGCCAAACAUUCUGCAUCAGUAGAUCUUCAACAGGAACAGACCUCAGUGGAAGACAAAACCAGUUCUGCUCCAAGGAGACCCAGAACACGCUCCUUUGCACCUCAGAACUUUGUGUUUCAGCCGUUAAAUGGAUUAACAACCUACAAAGUUACACCCAUGUCUCCUUCUAGGGCAAAUGCAUUUUUGACACCUAGUGCCUUCUGGGAUUUUUCAAAGUCUCCAGUUAAAACAGCUGGAAAAUCCAGUGAAGCUGAGGCACGAGCGCCUGAUUUAAAAAGUCAAAUUUCACUUGCUGCUAAAGGCAUUGAAGAACAGAAAAUCACUACAAGCUUGAAAGGAGAAAAAGCAGGAGAAUCAGAUGAGAAAACUUUGAUUCAGAGAUCAAAUGAAACGACUCCUGUCUCUACAGACAUAAAAGGACUUGAAACAAAGUCAGAUGAUGUAGGAGAGCAAGAGCACGAUGUGCCCUAUUUCAGAAACGUUCUUCGGUCAGAGACAGAGAGGCUGAUGUCUCAGUGCCUCCAGUGGGAUGGAAAAUUUGAGCUGGACAUUCCAGAGGAUGCUAAAGACCUUAUUCGCACCACGAUUGGUCAGACAAGACUGCUCAUAGCAGAAAGAUUUAAACAGUUUGAAGGGCUGGUAGAUAAUUGUGAGUUUAAACAGGGUGAAAAAGAAACAACGUGUACAGACUUAGAUGGAUUUUGGGACAUGGUUAAUUUUCAGAUAGAAGACGUGAAUAAAAAAUUUGACAACCUGAAGAAGCUUCAAGAGAAUGAGUGGCAGCCACUUGAUGUCCCAAGCAAAGCAAUUGUCAAGAGAAAGGCUGUUCCACAUGGUGUAUCUAAACCCAAUCUGGGAGUGGCUGGAAGAACUGCAGCCCGAAGCCGGCUUGCUGCUGUAAAAGCAGCUAUGAGGGAUAAAAUGAAGCAGGAUGAAGCUGCUGAUUGUACACAGCAGGAGAAGCUGCCAGAAGUAGAAAAAGUAGUUUUUGAAGGGGGAUUUUUCAGAAUUGAAAGCCCUGCGAAAACUUUUCCAGGCUUGCUUUCAAAGACUCCUCCCAGAUCAUCCCAGCGGACUUCUGAAAAACUGGCCACUCCAAGGUCAUCCAGCAGAGCUUUGCUUCCAAGGGUUCCUUCUCUCCCCCAUAACCAUGAGGACACAAAUGCAGAUCCAACAGCAGUGCUCAAAGACUUCCACCCACCACAAAAUCUGAAAAUGCAUCAACUUCCCACUGGAAAAACUCCCCCACUAGAAAAACUCCCCGACUGCUUUCUUGAACCAAGCAUUUCCGUAGCUGCAGAAGAAGACAGCCCUGUUACUGGCACAGCAGAGGGUAUUAAGGUGCUGGAAGCAUCUAGCAGUGAAUUAAAAGUGAUGGAUGGCAUGGAAGAGAUGGAACUAUCUGCUGCAGAGCAGCAGGAACAAGAUAUUGUCAUGUGCAGUCCAGAAAAGGAGACCUGCAUAGAUACUGGCUUUGCUCAGCCUGGAGAACCAAAACCGCAUCAAACAGAUGUUUCCUGUAGUGAUUCGACAUCCAUUGGCAGAAAUCCUUUUGAUGUGCUGAUGCCGGAUGAUGACUUCCCCUUCACUCCAGUCAAGAGCAAAGCCCAGAAGUUUGCAGCAGCUGAGGCUUUCAGUGACCUCAUUGUAUUCUCCCCCGUUUCUCCCUCAGGGGGAAACUGAAGAGUGCCUUGAAAUUCAAAAUGUGUAAAUUAUAUUAACCAAAAACCCACAGAGGGGACCUGGCAUAGAGUCUGCUACGCUUGUGCUGCGUGACUGAAUACCUGUAGUGUUUUGUAGUGGAAUUUACUGGAACAUUUUGUAACGUUUUAUGGUGCAGUCACUCUGCGCUGUAAGCACAGCUCGAUAUCCGUAGCAGGAUGUUUGCUGCAUACACCUACUGUAUCCAAUGACUGCCUAUUCUGACUACAACCUGAAAUAUUUUUAUUUUUGUAUAACUGCAUGUGUUUCCUGCCUAAUUCAAGUUAUAAAACUAUUAAUCUUUAAGCUUUUUCCUGUCGUCCUUGCCCCAUGAAUUAUGAGUUGCUUACCUGACUGGCUGUAGCUGGACCCGAUUCCUGAUGCGAGGGCAGCUCCUGCGGAUCAGACCCAGCCCUUUAUGUCGCCUGUCACACUGUUUUAUGCUGUCUGGGCGCCCUUAGGCGUCAGCAUUCUGUGCUUUAACGACUCUGCCUCUUCAGCAGAUGUGACAGGGUUGGCUGUCGUUCUCCUCUGGGGCAGUCACCUGGUGUUUAACCACCACUUCGUUUGUGGCAGUCCAAACAGGCUUGGAACAAGGAUUUCACAGCCAGGUAGUGUCUUUUCCUGGCAGUGUAGCCCAGGCAUUGACCACUACUGCCUUUAAAGACACAGUCACCUAUGGAAUAACUUCAAUACCUUCACACCAAACCCUAUUCUCGCUUUGCUUUUUCAGGUGAAACUCUCUUUAACACGUUAACCUCAGCCUCUCGUGUCUUGAUCCUUGUGCAUUCUCUUAUGUGACUGUAAAAUUUAUGCACAAGGAGCGUGCCAGUAUCGGAUAAUUUGAUGAGCAGUAUCGGUCUAUUUGAUGAGCAGUAAUAUUGGAGCACCCCAGUCGUAACAGGUAACAAAUACCUGACCUGAUGCCCUUUUAGGGGGGGUAGCACACGCGUUCUUCUGUGAGGCUUUGUUUUAAACCAGGUAGAGGUAACUCAAAUCCCUCUGCAGAAAUCACUGCCCCUACAGCUGGGGGAGCUCAUCCCACUUCAGUUUUAGCCUGGAAGCUGUGUACUUCUUGCACUUAAAUAAACAGAUGACACUGUGACUCAAUGUUAUUGUGCUGGAACCCAUUUUCUUCAUUCCCAACUCCAGUUAUAGGGAUAGUUUUGAACAAAGAGCUCUUCAUGACCUGCCUACUCUGCUCCAGCCUUCAACACUGGGCAAUAAACGAUGGUUAACGAGGGAUUUCUGAUGUCUACGCCUGAGCCGAUGUUGGCUGCCGCAUCUAUUGGGAAUUGCAACACUGUGCUGCUUUCCUACUGGGCAAUGCCAUGUUACGUGAAGCAACUGUUACAAAAGGGUCUGAGAUGUCGAAGAGAUCCUUGAAAACCUCAGCAGUGGCUGUUGCGCUGUUCUUGUUUUGCAGACGAGACCGAGAGGAUGACUCACAGCCAAGGGAACUUGCUUUUUUUUAACAGCCUGACUCACAAGGUGAACUUGCCAAUAAACCCCACCCUUUAAACCGGUCUGGACAGCCACGGCGGUGAUAAGGGGAGAGAGAAGCACGAGGCUGGUGACCCGUUCAUUUUGUGGUGUAUGGAAUGCUUCUAUCAAUUUAAUCUCCUUUGGGAGGAAAGUGUGUUUGGAAAACACUGGUUUGGGCCACCACGUGGGAAGAAUAACACACAAAGAGAGGGAUGACUUCUGUAGCCAUGGUCUAAGGAAAAGCUUUUGCUUCCUUCAGCUCUGAACCCCCUCUUGAUAUACCUAAUUCUGGUCAG